GCUCCGCGCGCUUUGCGCGCCAGCUUUGGCCUCAGCCUGCGAGCUGCAGAGUAGUGACGGACUAUGGAGAACAGCUACGAGGAGACCAUCGACAAACGCCGCGUCCACCUGCGCCCUGAUACACUGCGCGAUCCCGCCCCCGCCUCGCUGCACCUUCUGCCCUGCGAGGUCCCGGUUAACCGGCCCACGCCGGUGGGGCGCUUCUUCACCCCAGCCAUCCGCCUGGGUUCCGACGGACUGGAAGCGUCGUUUCGGGGCCGUAGUCUACGUGGCGAGGAGGUGGUGGUGCCGCCCGGCUUCGUGGGGUAUGUGAUGACAGAAGAGAAGGCAGAAGUGUUGGUGGCGAAGCAGGAUGACCACGAGCCAGAGGAGCAGGAACUGGAGGAACCCCCAGAGGCGCUGGAGCGGGACUGCGACCGCUUUAUGGGAGCCACAGCCAGCUUCAGCAGCUUCACCGUGUGGGGCCUGGAAUCUAUCCCUGGUCCGGAUGCCAAACUGCGUGGGGCCCUAAGCUGGCCCAGCCUCGCUGCAGCGAGCCUUCCUUCAUCCUGUCUGCGCUCCAGCUGGAAGGACAGCUCUUCGAUGCUCACUGUCUGCACAGGCACACCUCAUUUUAUUAGCUUUCACAGAGAUUGCUUUUUUUUUAAACAAAGGUUUGUGGCAACCCUGCCUUGAGUUUAUCAGUGCCAUUUUCCCAACAGCAUUUGCUCAUGUCGCAUCUUGUCACCUUUUCAUAAUUCUUGCAAUAUUCCAAACCUCUUCAUUAUUAUUGUAUUUGUUACAGUAAUCAGUGGUUUUUGAUGUUACCACUGUAAUUUUUUUGAUACUGUUAUUGCACCCUUAAUAGAGUA